AUGCAAGGCAAACCGGCGCAAAAGGAGGUCGUAUUCUCUAGCGAUGUUCGGAAUAUGGAUGAGUGGGCUCAAAGGACACAUAUACCGCUCACUACGGCUGACGCUCUCGGCGUAACCUAUGCGAGAGCUCAUCGUUGGUUUCAGGCCAUCAGAGCUGACCUUGUUCACAACCACCGUUGGACGAAUGCCCAGAAUAACGACUCCAGGAUGCUCUUUUGCCUCGAAACAUCCUCAAUAUGGCGGUCCACAGCUGGUCUACCCGCUGGUCCCGCCCUUCGUCUCCAACUCCCAGUCCAUGCAACUUCGUUCUUUAGCCCACAACGAAGAGUCCAAUGGGAGGUCGUAUUCCAUUCAGACACUUUCUCUUCCGUCCGCCAAAUCUGCCCUCCUAUCAGCGACCUUCUCCACCUCAUCCAAUGUCUGUUGACUGGCGUGGUCACCGUCGUCUUCGAGGAGCAUCUUCCGCAAGGCAUAUACCGCACAACCCGAGGCUUGCCUCCAGUCCAGUGGGUAAAUGCGAACGAACAGAGACUGGUCGAGAUAUUCGGGGUUGCUCAUUUCCGUGCUCUUCGUAAAGCUUGCAACGAUACUGCAACUGCCUUCAAGUUAGAAGUCCUUCCCCAUCGUCGCUGA